AUGAACUGCAUUGCGACACACCACAAAGCGCUGCAUGCACCCCUGCUUUCCAUGCAAAGCAACAUGGCAUCCAAGAACAAGAUUUUGUCAAACAAGGCGCUCAAUACGCUUCUUCCAGAUCUGCUUCGAAAUACCAAGCACGCUACUCCCAGCAAUGCACAGAAGCUAUCAAGAUCCAUUGCAGACUUGGGCCUGAUGACACGAGACGCUCAGUCAUUCACUUCCUGCGCCGACAGUGUCAGGAGCAUGUCCAAGCUGCACCAACUAGCACAGAAUUCAGCAAGCACGAACCGAUUGACGCAGAAUGCUGUCUUCACCGCUCACACCACCAGAGGUGCACCGAACGGAACGAGCAUGUCCAAGCUUCAUCAACUAGCACAAAAAUCUUUGAAUCAAGCAAGAAUGAACCGAUUGACGCACAAUGCGGUCUUCACAGCAGCUCGCACCAGAGGUGCACCGACUGCUGCUCCUCCAGCUCCCAGUAGAGGAGUACCGAGUGCUGCUCCAGCACAAACAAGGCAACUUUCCCAGGCAUUGAAGGUUUGCAAGGAUAUUGCAAACCGUCAAAGAAUAAAUGAACUGAAACUCGACGAUAUGGGAAACCUAAGUCGCCGAAUGGAAGAAUACCGAAAACUGAAAAAGUCCGGAAAGUACAACUACGAUUUCAGCACAGAUUCUGACGAUGAGGAUCUAGAAUGA